AUGUCAUCUGAGGAGUACCGCCAAUUCUGGUCAGGAUUCAUUGAUCUGUACCGUCAGAACGAGUGCCUGUGGCGUGUCAGAAGCCCGGACUAUGCCAACAGAAUCAAGCGGAAUCGGGCAUAUCAGCAGCUUAUUGAGUACAGUAGAGGCAAAAACUCUGAUGUUGAUGUCAAUUGGGUGAAGAAAAAAAUUUCAAAUUUCCGAACAGUGUUCGUGAAGGAACGCAAGAAGGUGCAAGAUUCACAGCGAUCCGGAGCCGGGACUGAUGAGGUCUAUAAACCGACGCUGUGGUACUAUGACCAAAUUCAGUUCAUUAUAGAGCAAGAGGCGCGGGUAAGGUCACGGGACGCUCUAGAUCCAGAGUCUCCAGUUCUUGUCGAAGAGGAGGCCCAGGAGAGUCUGGAUCUGGAUGCUACCCCGGAGCUGGAGGUGGAGCCUACCACAGGCCAAGGGGCAGAAGUGGAGGAGCCGGUAGCGGAGCCGGUGGCACCCCCACAGGCGCGCCCAGGAAGACCGAGGCGCACGGCAAGGAGGACCACUUCUUCACCCUAUAGCACCCCCUCUGGCUCCCAGCAGUUUUUUCAACGCGCUGAGGAGGUUUUGCAUAGGCCCCCGGAUGCCGAACAACAAUUUGGCAAUUUUAUUGCAUCGGAAAUGUGCCUGAUGACGGAUGAUCAAAAAUUCAUCGUCCAACGGAAAUUGCAUGUUCAUUAUAUGUGUGAUGAUGUGCAACCUGAAGAAACUAAUAUGAUCCAUUCAUAUUUUUGGGAUCUAACCCCACCAAAGUAUGUGCUACUGUAUCUGUCUGCAUUAGUGGUGCACACUGGCCCCAGUUUUUCCCUACACUUAUGCAUGAUUGGUGUCUUGGAAAUGUUUUUAUUUGCUUAUGCUUGGAAAUUUCAUCUAAAGACUGCAUGA